GGCGGGGAGCCCGGGGGCGUGCGCGCGGCGGAGGGCGCGGCACGGGGAGCGCUGGGCGCGUCCGCAGAGUCGGGUUUCAGAGCGCAGAGACUCGGGCGCGGGCGGGAGCCGCAGCCGGGAACCAGAAGCCGGGAGCCCGGAGCCUGGAGCCGCCGCGCCGCCUUUGUCUCUGCAGCAGCUCGGAGCCGCGACGGCCCGCGCGCAGAGCUCCCUGGAGUGCGGAGCGCGGCGACUCUGAGCCUUCGGGGGCCCGCAGACCCGCGACAUGGCGCCAAGGAGGAACGGGCAGUGGUGGCGCCUGCUGUGGGCGCUCUCGCUCACCGCGCUUCUCCCCGCCAGCAGCAGGACCCGAGCCGCAGCAGAAUCGGCAUCACAGGGCCACUUGGACCUCACGGAGCUCAUUGGCGUCCCACUGCCUUCCUCUGUGUCCUUCGUCACCGGCUAUGGUGGCUUCCCCGCCUACAGCUUUGAGCCCGGCGCUAACGUGGGCCGCCCCGUCCGGACCCUCAUCCCACCCACCUUCUUCAGGGACUUUGCCAUCAGUGUCACUGUGAAGCCCAGCAGCUCCCGGGGGGGCGUGCUCUUUGCCAUCACCGAUGCCUUCCAGAAGGUCAUCUACCUGGGCCUGCGGCUCUCGGCCGUGGAAGACGGUGGCCAGCGGGUCAUCCUCUACUACACAGAGCCCGGAUCCUCCGUGUCCCAGGAGGCAGCCGCCUUUCCCGUGCCUGUGAUGACGCACAGGUGGAACCACUUUGCGAUGAUCGUGCAGGGCAAGGAAGUGACCCUCCUGGUGGACUGCGAGGAGCACGGCCAAGUCGCCUUCCACCGCUCCUCCCGACCCUUGGCUUUUGAGCCCAGCGCUGGAAUCUUUGUGGGCAAUGCAGGCGCAGGAGCUGCGGGGCUGGAGCACUUCAUUGGCUCCAUACAGCAGCUCACCGUGCACCCUGACCCCAGGACCCCCGAGGAGCUGUGCGAAGCUGAAGAAUCCUCCGCUUCAGGAGAGACCAGUGGGCUUCAGGAGACAGAGGAAGUGGCUGAGAUUUUGGACGCCGUCACCUACACACACACCCCGUCUCAAGAAGCUGAGGACGUUAAGCCCAUACACACACCUCCAACUCCACCCCCCGCCCCUCCUUCUGAGGAUUCAGAGCUUUCCGGAGAGCCUGUACCUGAGGGGACCCCGGGAAGCACCAUCUCCGGUGACAUCCUGCACAGCAACCCUGAACAAGGGUCUGGUGAGAUCCUGAAUGACACUUUGGAGGGGGUCCAUUCUGUACACAGCGGCCCCCUUACAGACGUUGGCUCAGGAGAUGGGGCUUUCCUUCAGGCCACUGGAGAGAGUCCAUACACUGAAGGUCUGGCAACAACAGCAGCCAGCAUGGCUGAGGGGCCUGUCAGCACAGCUGGAGAAGCAGAGCCCAGUGGUCCGCCUGCCAGGGGACCAACUUCUAUGUUCACUGAGGGCUCCGGGGAAGAGCUCACUCUGGGUCCUGAUGCAGAAGAAGGGUCUGCAGGUCAGGCCGUGGAGGGGCCUGUCACCGCCACCGGGGAAACAGAGGCCGGCAGUGUGCCCACUGGGGGCCAGACUCUCGCUCCACCUACCCAGAACCCUGGGGAAGCGGUCACGCUGGAUUCCAACAGUGAAGAGAGUGUGACAGUGGCAGCAGUGACGGAAGCAGAAGUACCACUCAGCACUUUGGAGGUUGGGGAGGCCCCCACGGACGGCAUGACUCCCAUCCUCACACCCACUGUGGCCCCUGAGCAAGAGGGCGCCUCUGGUUCUGGUGAGGAGGAAGACUUCGCAGCCACGACAGAGGAAGCCCUUUUCACAGCGGGGGCAGAAGAGACAGGCAGUGCUCCCCCUGAGGGCACCCCCCUGCCCAUACCCACAGCAGUUCCUGAAGGAACAGCCACUUCAGCCACUCCGGGUGCUGCUGAAGAGGUGUUCUCCGGGCCUCUGGAACCUACUGGACCCUCUGGACCCACGGUGGGCGUGCAGGUGGAGGGCUCUGGCCUGGAGUGGGGCUCCGACCUCGGCUCUGGAUCCGGUGACCUGGUGCCCAGCGAGGAGCUGUUACGGGGUCCUACAGGCCCCCCGGGCCCACCUGGCCCACCUGGAAUUCCAGGGAAACCAGGAGCUGAGGUUUUCAUGGGCCCUCCUGGAUCUCCUGGAGAAGAUGGAACUGAUGGUGAACCCGGACCCCCGGGCGCCGAGGGAAAGCCUGGACCUGAUGGGGCCUCCGGCCUUCCCGGCAUGAAGGGAGAGAAAGGAGCAAGAGGACCUAAUGGCUCAGUUGGUGAAAAGGGUGACCCCGGCCACAGAGGUUUACCAGGAAUCCCCGGGAAACAUGGACAAGCUGGCUCUCCAGGGGUCAUGGGACCCCCAGGACCUCCUGGACCCCCAGGCCCUGGAUGCACAGUGGGAUUUGAAUUUGAGGAUACAGAAGGAUCUGGAAGCAUGAGGUUACUGAACGAGCCCAAAAUCUGUGGACCGACGGCUUCGAGUGGUCCUAAAGGGGAAAAAGGAGACCGGGGACCCAAGGGUGAAAGAGGGAUGGAUGGAGCCGUCACUGUGGGCCCCCCUGGGCCCAGGGGGCUGCCAGGACGCAUAGAGAUUCUGCCUGGUUCUUUGAUCAAUACCACCCAUGGAUUCAUGAAUCUCUCAGACAUCCCUGAGCUUGUCGGCCCCCAGGGACCAGACGGCAUGCCCGGGCUGCCAGGAUUCCCAGGUCCUAGAGGACCAAAAGGUGACACCGGCCUCCCUGGAUUUCCAGGACUAAAAGGAGACCAGGGAGAGAAGGGAGAGCCAGGCACCAUCUUGACGGGAAAUUUUCCUCUGGAAAGUCUAAGGGGGAAAAAGGGUGAACCUGGAAUGCAUGGAGCCCCAGGACCAAUGGGGCCCAAGGGACCACCAGGACACAAAGGAGAAUUUGGCCUCCCAGGACGACCUGGUCGCCCAGGACUGAACGGCCUCAAGGGCGCCAAAGGAGACCGUGGGAUCACGAUGCCGGGCCCUCCUGGCUUACCUGGUCCUCCAGGCCCCCCCGGGCCUCCUGGAGCUGUGGUUAACAUCAAAGGAGUGGUCUUCCCCGUACCUGCGCGGCCUCACUGCAAAAUGCCUGUCGGUACCAGUCCUUCUGAGAACUCAGAACUCAUCACCUUUCAUGGUGUGAAAGGGGAGAAAGGAUCCUGGGGUCUUCCCGGUUCUAAAGGAGAAAAAGGCGAUCAGGGCCCCCAGGGACCACCAGGCCCUCCAGCUGACACAGUUUACCUGAGACAUUUUCUGAAUAGCUUGAAGGGGGAGAAUGGAGACAGGGGGUUCAAAGGAGAAAAGGGAGAACCCAGUGGCGAUUCUUAUGUGUCUGGGCCUCCAGGCCUACCAGGAAGUCCAGGCCUGGCUGGUCAGAAAGGGGAGACUGUCAUCGGGCCCCAAGGACCCCCUGGUGCCCCUGGCCUGCCCGGGCCACCUGGCUUUGGAAGGCCUGGCUUCCCAGGACCCCCAGGCCCCCCAGGCCCCCCAGGACCUCCUGCUAUUCUGGGAGCAGCUGUGGCUCUUCCCGGCCCACCUGGUCCCCCUGGACAGCCAGGGCUUCCCGGAUCCAGAAACUUGGUUACAGCCCUUAGCAGCAUGGACGACAUGCUGCAGAAAGCCCAUCUGGUGAUUGAAGGGACAUUUAUCUACCUGAGAGACAGUACGGAGUUCUUCAUUCGUGUCAAAGAUGGCUGGAAAAAAUUACAGCUGGGUGAGCUGAUCCCCAUUCCUGCCGACAGCCCUCCACCCCCUGCUCUUUCCAGCAACCCACAUCAGCUCCACCCUCCCCUGAUGUCUGCUUUAAGUGCCGAUUAUGAGAGGCCUGCGCUGCAUUUAGUUGCUCUGAAUUCACCAGUUUCUGGGAACGUCCGGGCUGACUUUCAGUGCUUCCAGCAAGCAAGGGCUGCUGGACUCGUGUCCACCUACCGGGCCUUCUUAUCCACCCAUUUGCAGGAUCUCUCCACCAUUGUGAGAAAAGCAGAGCGAUAUAACCUUCCAGUAGUGAACCUCAAGGGCCAAGUGCUUUUUAAUAACUGGGACUCCAUUUUCUCUGGUCAUGGAGGUCAGUUCAUGGCACAUGUGCCAAUAUACUCCUUUGAUGGCCGAGACGUUAUGGCUGAUCCUUCUUGGCCUCAGAAAGUUGUGUGGCAUGGUUCCAACACCCAUGGCGUCCGCCUUGUGGAUAAGUACUGCGAAGCCUGGAGAACUGCUGACAUGGCUGUCACAGGACUUGCCUCCCUGCUGAGCACAGGGAAGAUUCUGGACCAGAAAGCAUAUAGUUGUGCUAAUCGGCUCAUUGUUCUAUGCAUCGAAAACAGUCUCAUGACAGACGCUAGGAAGUAGUGACCUUCUGAGGAGUCUGAAGCAUUUUCCGGCAUGUCUCAUGUGAAGAGUUGACACUGAAACCCCAAAUGUUAAAAUGCUGUAAAUAUCAGUGUUGUUGUUGUUUUUUCUACUACACAUUCAUUACAAUAGCAACCAAAGAAAACAUACCUCAGUACACUCAAAACCGAAGACAUAAAAGACUCAGAUCAAUGGUAAAAUUUGAUCAUUUCUUGGUGCUAGAUUCUGCAGGAAGUCCCAGGCAGUGUGAGCACAUCCCACCAGCGGCUCAGAGAGAGCUGAAAACCAAGGCCUUGGCGGUCUGUCCACUGCACCCUCCAGAAAGAAAUGUUCUCCUUUUAGUCAUUGUUGUUGAGUGUAAGCUGACCUUCAUGUUUUCUUAGAAAGUCAGUGUUUAGCCGUGUUGCCCCUUUCUAAGUUAUGUGCAGACCGAAUGCUUUAUUCUUGAAUGUACAUUCGUUUGCCCUUUAUCCAGAGAAGCAGAUUGCUCCAAUGAUCCUAUCUGUAUUUUUUUUUCUGCUAUUAACUGACCUUGAUGCUCUCCCCCUAAAAUAUUACUACCAUCCUGCUUUAGAAGUUUGAUCUUUUUACACAAGCAUAUUUUAGUGUGGCAUCUGUUUAUUCAAUUCUGACUUGCUGGAAAAGUUGAAACUCCAAAUUAUCUGAAGCUGGAGAAAAGAAAUAGCACACAGUGAUGAUCUCUGUUCUGGCUGCCCUGCCUCCCUGACUUCAUACCUUCCACUUGGCAACUCUGUGGAUUUUUAAAGGCAACUGAACAAGCAAGUUCCUGAGGAUGAAUUUUCUGAGGCAUAUCUAUCUUUGUGCAGUAUACCUUGGUUUUCUGGUGUUUUUUUUUUCUCUCAUAUAACUGAACAUUAAAACAUCUUUUCCAGGCA